AUUUAACUUUGAAGUACGACGACAUUGCAAAACAUAAAAAGGCUCAUGAAAAUUUCUAUAGAAAAUUUCGGAAAAAUCAAUUUGGUUAUUCAUGUACAGUCUGUGAUAGAUUAUGGUUUAAAAAAUGACUUAAAAAAGGCAUCUGACAAUUAUAAAGAUCUAUUGAAGAAAAUAACGAAUAUCAACAACAUUAAAGAUGCAAUGAUUUGUUCGACAUGUAAAGUUGGUCUUGACAAGCAAACUAUUCCAAUAUUGUCAUGGUACAAUGGAUUUAAAUAUCCAGAAAUUCCUGCACAAUUACCGAAACUUGACCUAGUUACGGAAAGAGCAAUUUCUCCUCGUCUCCCAUUUAUGCAGAUACGAAGACUACGGCAUGUGCAUGGGCAGUUUGGUAUAUACGGUCAGGUUAUAAAUGUGCCAGUAUCUGUGGAUACAAUGGUCAAUCAACUUCCAAGAGAUAUCAGCGAUGAUCAUUGCAUCUAUGUUCAUAUAAAAAAGAAACGAAUCCACAAGUCAAGCUAUUUACAAGGAUUAAUUAAUAAAAAAAAAUAUUAAGGCAUGGUUACAAUAUUUGGUAAACACGCCUCAUUAUACUUACUACAAUAUCACAAUUAAUCAUGGAUUCCUCAGUGAUGAUAAUGAAGAAACUCAACGAAAAACUCAACGAAUAAGUAACAUAGAUGAAGUCAGUGAAGAUAUCCCCAUCGAGUAGAGUCUUACAGCUCAGCAACAUACUCUUCUAUGGAACGACGAAAAAUAUUUAAGGAUCGCACCUGGAGAUCGUAGUUUAUUAUUCGAUGAACACGCGGAAGAAUUGUCAUUUCCAACUAUCUAUUUGGGACAAUUUAGAACAUUCAAAGAAAACAUUAAAGCUACACCAUUCAUGAUAGCUUCCAGUGAAUUGCGUCGUACUGACCGUCGAGCAAUGACUCCCUACCAUUUGUUGUAUAUCGCUGUGAAGAUUAUGAGAUUGAGGAUUCGAGAUUGUUUGACUGUGGCAUUCAAGGACCAAUAGUCCUAAUACCAACAUAACAAGAGAACAAAUCCAAUCAGAUGAGUACAUAAACAAUUGUAUUGAAUCGAAUCUUGCUUUCCUACGUUCAAUACCAAAUUCAACUUGGUAUUGGGCACAAAGAAAGAAAGAUCUUUUCGCAAUGAUUCGACAGAACGGCAGACCAACAGCUUUCAUGACUCUUAGCGCCAAUGAAAUAGGAUGGACGAAUCUGAUAUAGCUGUUGUAUAAAUUAGCGAACAAGGAAGCGGACAUUUCCGAGCGUGCUGCGUCGGAACUAAGUUUUAUUGAAAAAAGCACACUUAUCAAUGAAGAUGCUGUGACUUGCGCUAUCUACUUUAAUAAAUUGGUUAACGUAUUGCUCACAAUAUUACAAUCCAAAGCAUGCAGUCCUUUCGGUUGCUACAGAGUUGCUGAAUACUUUAAACGUAUUGAAUUCCAGCAUCGCGGAAGUCCGCAUGCACAUAUUUUAUUGUGGCUCGAAAAUGCUCCAGAUAAUAUGAUUGAUGAAAAUAACAGUGAAGUUAUACAUUUAAUAGACAGUUUAGUAUCAGUUUCAGCAUCUCAAGCAUCAGGAAAUAUUAAAUUACAAACUCAUAAACACACAUUUACAUGCUAUGAGAAGAUAGUUGCUAAUAAACCACAAAAAUGCAGAUUUGAAGCACCUUUUAUGCUAUGUCGCAAAACAUUGAAUCUUACACCGAUGCAAAAAACAGACGAACAUUUUCAACGAUAUGCUAAGAAAUAUGCUGAAAUCAGAUCCAAUUUAGAAAGCACAGAUUACGAUAAUAUCGAUGACUUUUACGAAAAAAAUAAUAUUCAAUCGGACGAUGAAUACCGCAACAUACUUCGUGCUGGAAUUACGAGACCCAAAAUAUUCUAUAAACGCAGUCCUACAGAAAAACGGCAUAAUCCAUUCAACCCUUUUUUUUUAAUAUUCUAAGGUCGAACAUGGAUUUUCAAAUUAUCACUGAGGAGUAUUCCUGUGCUGCCUAUGUUGUUGAGUAUGUGAACAAAACUAAUAGAGGUGUUAGUAACUUACAACGAAAUAUUAUAGAAAUAAUGAAUGAACAUCCGGAGUUCGAUAUAGUGGAUAUUACGAGAAAAAUGAGUGUAGAUAUAUUAAAUAGUGUAGAAAUGAGUAGUUAAGAGGCUGCUUGGUAUCUGCUCAGAGAGCCAAUGUCAAAGAGCUCAGUUGUUGUCAUAUAUAUAAACACAGAGUGGCCAAUUGAACGACAAAGAAUUCGAAAGACUCAAAAAGAACUAAGUGAACUGGACGAAAAUUCCACAGAUAUUUGGAAGGAAGAUUGGUUCGAUAAAUAUCAACGACGACCCGAUGAAUUAGCACAAUUUCUGUUUUUUGUUUCUAAAUAUUAUAAAAACAAAAAUGGUGUUUACGCUGAAAGAGUAGUGCCCAAAGUUAUUCGAUAUCGAAAUUAUGAUAUUGCACAAGAUUACAAUGAAUAUAGACGAGAAAUGGUCACGUUACACAUUCCAUUUAGAAAUGAAGAUGCUGAAAUUUUAGCUGAAAUGAAAUUUAACAAUAUCUACGAUGAAAAUGAAGCUCUAAUUUUGGAAAGAAGAAAAGAAUUUGAAUCAAACUUAGAUGUCGAAAAAACGAUUGAAAUCUGUCGACAAUUGUGCCGUGAAGACGGGAAUCUAGACGAUGAUGAGACUGAAAUUCAAGAUGUUGCGAAUCGCUUCCCAGAGCCCAAUACCUUUCAACUAUUGUAUUGUGAUCCAAAUGCAGAUGUUAAUAUAGAUCUUCACUUAGCAACAUUGAAUAAGUUAGGUGUUAUGGCGAAGAAGAAAAAAAAUAUUAUGGAACUAGAUCAAUUCUGUCAACUAAUGAGAUCUGCAAAUGAAAAACAAAAAGAAUUCCUUCUUCAUGUCAUCGACCACAUCCUAUCUUCAACUUCAUCACCACUACAAGUAUUCUUCACUGGACCUGCUGGAUGUGGAAAAACUUUUACCAUAAAACUUGUAAUGGAAAUUUACAAUAGAUAUUCAGAUAAUGAUGCAUACAUCACAUGCGGAUUCACAGGCAAAGCUGCAGUUGCUAUCGACGGAUCGACUGUACACACUGCGUUGAAAAUAUCGCUAUCAAAACUUUUUCCAUUAUCAACAGAGACAGCAAAUCAAUAUCGUACACUGUUCAGAUAUGUAAAAGUCUUGAUCAUAGAUGAAGUAAGCAUGAUUGGUGCAGAAUUAUUAGCUCAAAUCGAUACUAUACUAAAACAAAUAACAGGGAAUUUUGAAACGAAUUUCGGUGGAUUGGACAUGAUUUUUAUUGGUGAUUUACGGCAACUGCCGCCUGUUCGCGCCACACCAAUCUACAAACAGCCAAAAUAGCGUAUGGCAGGACCAGUACUAUGGCGAGGAUUAAAAUUUUACCAAUUGACAGAAGUGAUGCGACAAAGUAAUUCAAUAUUUUCAACAUUACUCAUAAAAAUCGGUAAUGACAUUAUAUUAACAGAUGACGAAUUAGCAAUUAUUGAAUCACGAUUCUUUACAAAGGAGCAGGCUGAUCAAUUAUGUCCACAUGGAAUUCGUAAUUUUCUUACUAAUAAUUCCGUCAAUGAAUACAAUAAUACGAUAUUGCAAUGUGCAGAUAAUAAAAUAGCAUCAAUAGCUACGGAUUUAUUUUUUGGAUGUCAAAGUACUGAACAAGAAGCUUUUCUCAAACAGAAAUUUCACAAAAUGUCAGUUAUUGAUACUGGCUAUUUACCGUACGAAAUUGUUUUCGUUCCGUACAAAUCGUAAAUUAUCACCACAAACAUUGAUGUAUCAGAUGGAUUGGCAAAUGGUGCAGUUGGUAAAUUGGUACAUAUUGAACAAAACGAACAAAAUGAAGUUACACGAGUAUGGUUAACUUUUGAGAAUUCACAAAAAGUUGGUAAAAAAACUUCGACAAAAAGCUUCCGCUUACGUUGCGGCACAUAAUAUUGAUAAACAUGCCGUCCCAAUAGAACGCAGAACAUCUACCAUUGCCAUGAAUAAUAACAAAACAAUAAAUGCAAAACGUAAUUAUUUUCCUUUAGUAUCAGGCUGCGCCAUGACAAUUCAUAAAUCUCAAGGUGGAACAUUCGAUGAAGUAGUUUAUGAAUAUCAAAGGACUCAUUCUUUAUCAUUACUUUAUGUUGUUCACGAGUUACCAGUAUUGACGGACUCAACAUAGUACCAAAAGACAAUGAUAAUAGAUUUUAUCAUGGGCGAAAAAAUGAUACAUCGAUCAUAUCUUUACAAGAUGAAUUUCGCCGAUUAUCGUUGAACACAUUGUCAACAAUAGGUAGAACGAUUCUCGAUUUUAUGAAUGACAGAAAAAAGUUGUCCAUGGUUACUUUUAAUUGCCAAAGUCUCCGAAAACACGUAUCGGACUUGAGCGAUCCCGCAAUUGAUU